UCCAUUCUCCAGUAGCAGUUAUCGUUCGCUUGUCACCUUGGCUUGCCUUGUUCGCAUUAUCAUAUACACCUGUCACCGCAACUACUCCCAGGACUUGUUAAAUAUCCGUCGUGCCCAUGACAUGCCUACCUUCUUCUCCCCUCAUGGUCUUCUUCCUCCUAGCACGUUGAACACCUAACCACCGUUGCUUCUCAUCUUCUUCGUCAACAUCAUCAAAAUAUUCUUCAGCCCUUGUUCCAUGCUUCUAUACCUCCAUUUGGCUUUGUGAUCAAAUAGGAACAACCAGGAAGAGAGACAAAGUAGCAGAGGAGCUAGUUUACUUGGCUAGAAUGGUAGAAGCAAUGGGGUCCUUUGGGAGCAGAGGCGUCGGCUUUGCGGGGAUGAGCAGCACUCUGGAGGAGGUGCAGAUGCAGGAGACCCUCAUCUUCUCUGACACCAUCAAGGAUCUCAAGACAUUGAGAUCACAGCUGUACUCUGCGGCAGAGUACUUUGAACUUGCCUACAUGCAGGAAGAGGAAAAGCAGGCGGUGGUGAGCAACCUGAAGGAGUACGCCGUGAAGGCCCUUGUAAAUACUGUUGAUCACCUGGGGUCCAUAUCUUUCAAGGUUUCCAGCCUUAUCGAUCAAAGGUUCGAUGAGGUCGCCGAUGCCAAUCUUCGGGUCUCCUGCAUCCAGCAGAGAACUCAAAUCAGCCAAGCGAGCAUGGACAGGGAAGGGCUAUCACAGCAAUCAUUGGUGAUCACUGCACCUAAGUAUCACAAGAGGUACAUAUUGCCAGCUGGAGAUGAGUCAAUGCCCAGUGCUGUUCCCAACUUCAGGGAGAUGAAUAAGGUCACGAACAGGGCUGCACAGAUGCAUCAAGUAUUCAGUGCAGAAGCCCAACCAAAAAGCAAAGAGAAGCAAACUUCGUUCAGCAAGUUGCGAUCGAUUGCCCGUGCACCUCCGCAGCGUGCACGUUCGUCAUCACCAGCACAACGUUCACAUUCUGUGCCACCAUCUGAGACUGUUACACCCACAAACAGAGAUAAGCGAUCAGAUUCGCCAAUUCCUUCAACUCCAUUGACAAGGUCCGGAUCACUAUCAAAGAAGCCAUCCUUGCUCAAGACAACAAGUGUCAGGGUUCAGAUGCAGACCACCUCACAGCCCAAGAAAUUGGCACCGCUAAAGUCACAAGCUGACAGGAGCAACGACACCAAGGAAGGUGAGCAGACUCCAAAAAAGAGCAGGAAGUUCCUUAAGUCGCUGCUCAGCAGGCGGAAGUCCAGAAAAGAUGAGCCGUUACCGAGUUAUUUCGACGAUUACUGAACUCCUAACACCAGAUUGCUCCCUCUGAUGGAGCACCACAAUCUCAGCAUACAUGUACAUCAGUGUUAUCAAAGUGUUAUAUAUCCUCGAUAUAUAUAUUGACAUUGUAUAGCCAUAGCAUAAAGAUUUGUACAUGAACCUAAGUUCAAGAUGGAAGUUCAGCAAGAUGUCUCACCAACUUGCCUGUUGUAAGAGCUGCAUUGGAUCAUGACUCUGUAGUUUUGUUUUUAAAGCUGAUUCGUUCAGAGGCCAUCUGUAAAUAAUAGGCCUUCAACU